GUGACCCCCUGGCACAUGCGUCCGUCAACUCAUACAGUGCCAUUAAUGACCUUCGUCGAUGCCACCAGGUACCGACGUUGAAUUGAUACUCUGACUUAUUCAUCAGUAUACGAGAAAGUCCACAGGUCAAGCAGUCAGCCCUUUUGAGACAAGACUGAGGCAGAAUGACCCUUACAGAAGAGGGCGAGUUCACGACCAGUGACGGUGCAAAGUUGUACACAAAGACGUGGAAGCCUGAUUCAGGAUCACCAUCAGCGGUGCUCAUCUUCGUGCACGGCUUUUCCGACCAUAUCGACGCAUACUACGACUUCUUCCCCACACUAAGCUCUCCACCAUACAACAUUGCCGUCUAUGGAUUCGAUCAACGGGGCUGGGGUCGCUCAGUCAGAAAACCCAGCGACACUGGUCUCACAGGGCCAACUUCACGCGUUCUCUCCGACAUCCAUGACUUCAUCCUCCAUAUCUCUUCACUGCAAGGAAAUCACGGACAGCCAUUGUUCCUCAUGGGCCACAGCAUGGGCGGCGGCGAGGCGCUCUGCUACAUGCUCUCAACCUCCCAACAAUUCUCAAACCGGCCCCCAAUAUCCGGCCUGUUACUAGAAGCCCCAUACAUUGAACUUGAUCCUGCAGAACAGCCAAACCCACUCACCGUCAUGGGUGGGAAACUCGCUGCUCUGGUAAUGCCACAUAUGCAAUUGAAGCAGAAACUGCAUGCACAGUACAUGUCACGGUCCGCCAAGGUUCGGCAAGAAUGGGUCGACGACCCGCUGUGCCACGACACAGGAACCCUUGAAGGUCUGAAAGGUCUGCUCGAGAGAGCUGGUGACCUCUCAAAACUUUCAUAUGGUCAUGAAGUCCCCGGUCUUACGGCAAAGGUACCUUGUCCGAUAUGGCUGGCACACGGAACAGGGGACAAAGUUCUCUCACCACCAGCCUCCCGGCGGUUUUUCGAGGUGUUGGAAGCUCCCGGCGGCGACAAGGAAUUCAAGUCUUAUCCUGAUGGGUAUCACAAGCUUCACGCCGAACCCGAUGGGAUGGGAGAGCAAUUCGCAAAGGAUGUGGGAGAAUGGGUUCUCGGUCACACGAAGCAAGCGCCGGUGCCAGGGUCACAGGUAACGUGAUGACUCUCUCAGAUCCGUUUAAUUUGGCUCAUUAUCCAUAGCGGUCCAAACUUUAAGAUUUUGUCUUAGACGCAUAGUACACGAAGCAUUUGUGGUACCCCGAUAAACAAGGAGACGAUGAACAGCUUCUGAUGAGUGUCGUGGCACAUCGUCAUGAUUACUAAUAACUUUUUCAUUUCGAAAUCGUUAUUCCGUAACGUCGACACACUCAAGGAGACAUUACCAAUGCAAAU